AGUCUGAGCCGGAAAGAGAAUUGAUUAGUUCAUCUCUCGAGUCCUCGGGUUUGAGUCGUUCGUUCAUCACGUGACAUCCCCGUAAUGUUAACCUAUGCAGCCUGAGCCGGAAAGAGAAUUGAUUAGUUCAUCUUUUGAGUCUUCGGGUUUGAAUCGUUCGUUCAUCACGUGACAGCCCCAUAAGCAAUACUCUUUGGUUUAAAUAUGGCCGCAUCUAGGAAAAACGGAAAGCGAGCGUUUGUAUGUGAGAAUGAAGUCGGUCAUGAGGACGCAAAACGAAGAAAAGUCAACUUGGAUGAUUCAAGACACAUCGCUGCUCUUAUUCUCGCUCGUGGAGGAAGUAAAGGCAUCCCGCUGAAAAAUAUCAAGAUGCUGGCAGGAGUUCCCUUGAUCGGAUGGGUGAUCAGAGCAGCGCUGGACUCUGGUGUUUUUGACAGUGUUUGGGUGUCAACUGAUCAUGAUGAGAUCACCAGAGUGGCCAAGGCAUGGGGGGCUGAAGUGCACAGGAGAAGUCCAGAGGUGUCCAAAGACUCCUCAAGCUCACUGGAGACCAUUAAGGAGUUCAGCAGACUAAACCCAGAUGUUGACGUCAUCUGUAACAUCCAGGCCACGUCUCCAUGUCUGCACCCCCAUCAUCUCAAAGAGGCUGUGGAGUACAUCACCAAAGGCGGCUGUGAUUCGGUCUUCUCUGUGGUCCGGCGACACCAUUUCCGAUGGCAAGAGGUCAAGGAAGGAGACUGCCAGUGUACUACAGCACUGAACCUAAACCCAGCUCACAGGCCACGACGUCAGGACUGGUCAGGAGAGCUGUGUGAAAAUGGCUCUUUUUACUUUGCUACCAGAAAACUCAUAGACAAAGGGCUUCUUCAGGGUGGAAAAAUGAAGUACUUUGAGAUGAAGCCCGAGCACAGUGUGGAUAUCGAUGUUGACAUAGACUGGCCUGUAGCUGAACAGAGAGUGCUGAGGUAUGGUUACUUUGGCAAAGAUAAACCUGAAGUUGUAAAGCUUCUGCUGUGUAAUGUGUCUGGAUGUCUGACAGACGGUCAAAUCUACAUGACCGCUAAAGGAGAGGAGAUGGUGUCCAUCAACACUAGAGACCAGGCCGGCAUCGACAUGCUGAAGAAAGAGGACGUGAAGGUUAUUUUGAUAGAAAAAGACCCCAUUACCAAAGCCUUAGCUAAGAAACUCUCACAGAGAAUGGGGUGUCUACUCCUGAGGAACAUGGACGACAUACUGAAGGAGGUGCAGAGACGUAUGAAGAAAGAAGGGCUGGAGUGGAAAGAGGUGGCUUAUUUAGGAAAUGAUGAACCGGAUGUAAAGUGUUUGGAACUGGCAGGCUUAAGCGCUGCACCAAUGGAUGCCCCGACCAUAGCACACAACCAUGCCAAAUACAUCUGCCGCAACGCAGCGGGUCGUGGAGCUGUGCGAGAGUUUGCUGAACACAUCCUACUGCUGAAAAAGAAGGCCAAGUCUCAGAUGGAGCAGGAUAGAAUAGGCAGAAACAACUUUUAAGAGAGUGUAGCAUAGAGCUGGUGGGAUGGGAAAGAUUGAAAAAUCUUACAAAAAUCUAAUGAUGUGUAAUAAUGAUGAAUGAAAAAGCUUUAGCUACUUUCUAAUACUGUGAUUAACUUAAUCAGACUGGUCAGAUGGGAAAGAUUGAAAAAUCCUAUAAAAUCUUAAUAAAUGAAGGACACAAGGGUGUUUAAAGAAUUAAGAAUAAUGAUAUAGCAAUGAUGAAGGAAAAAGCUUUAGCUAUUUUCUAAUACUGUGAUUAACUCGUGCAAUAAACACUACUAUGAAACUCAA